AUGGAUUAUAGUAGUUUUACCAAAAAAAAUUAUGUUUUUCGCUUUGCUGAUGUGGGUACAUUAUCAACACGUAUGUUGGCACCAAUCGAGGGCUAUGAGAGAGUACCACUUGUAACGCUUGAGGAAGCUGUGAAACCUCUUAUCGAUAUUGUACCUAAAGUGGAACGAAAUGUAUUCAUAGUCAAACAAAACUGUCAAGAACCAGAAGAUGGUUUAACAACUGACGAAUCGGCUUCAAUUAUGCUUUAUACUGAAGAUGAUAUACUUUUAUUACCCGCCAGACAAUUUCAAGUCACAUCUUGUCUCGAUUCUGGCAACGGACUACACAUAGUACAACUCACAGAACUGAAGCCACCAUUCGAUCUUCUUGAACCAGUUCCCCUGUCAAGUCCAUCAGUUAAACUGAUUUCCAAUAUACCAGUGAAUGCCCGAUGGACACAGAACGGUGUUACUGUUGUCGGAGGCUUCGGAUAUGGCAAUGCCAUCCAUCAACUCGACUGCCCUUCCGGUCUCUUCAUUGAUGAUGAUCAAAGAAUAAUUAUCGCUGACUGUGGCAAUCAUCGUAUAAUCCAAUGGAGAAUUGGUAAUGCAAAUGGACAAGUGAUUGCAGGUGGCUGUGGUUCAGGAAAUCGAUUAGAUCAAUUGCAUGGUCCAACCGAUGUGUUAAUUGACAAAGAGACGAAUAGUCUCAUCAUCUGUGAUCGUGAGAAUCGACGAGUCGUUCGAUGGUCUCGGCGAGGUGGCAUAACUCAGGAAGAUAUCCUCCUUGACAAAAUUGAUGGUUAUGGGAUCGCCAUGGAUGACCGGAGAUAUCUCUACAUCUCCGACACUCGAGACGAUGAAGUAAGACGAUAUAAAAUAGGAGAAAAGCAUGGAACUGUUGUGGCUGGUGGCCAUGGCAAAGGUGAUGGUCUUAAUCAACUCAAUUGGCCGACCUACAUCUUUGUCGAUCGUCAACAGGCUGUAUACGUGUCAGACCAAAACAAUCAUCGUGUAAUGAAAUGGAACAAAGGUGCAAGGGAAGGUAUUGUCGUCGCUGGAGGUCAAGGAAAAGGAAAUGCUCUAAAACAAUUGUGGCAUCCUGAAGGAUUAUUCGUCGAUACAUUAGAUACCGUCUACGUGGGUGAUUCGUUGAAUCAUCGAGUGAUAUGUUGGCCUAGAGGAGCGAAACAUGGCACUGUUAUUGUGGGAGGAAAUGGUUGUGGAGAAAGAGCAAAUCAGUUCAACUGUGUCGGCAGUUUGUCCUUUGAUCGAUAUGGCCAUCUUUAUGUUGUCGAUUAUCAUAAUAAUCGUGUUCAACGUUUUUCUAUCGAAUAG